AAGCCAAGCAACAGAAUUGUGUUCAGAGAAUUUUCAGUGAAACAUUUUUGAUACAAAUGUCCAUAGAAUUCUAGACUUCUGUGCGUUUGAAUGCGAGAACGCAAAAGCUUGCUACAGUAACUGUUAGCGUAUUGUAGCCUUUUGAUGUGUAAGCUAAUGUUACAAAGAUAUGCGACAGGCAUUUAAAGGUCGCACAAAGAUGGUUCGAGAAACCGGUUUCUACGACCUUCUCGGAGUCAGCCCGAAAGCAUCGCCAGAUGAAAUCAAGAAAGCCUACAGAAAGCUGGCACUGAAAUACCAUCCAGACAAGAACCCAAAUGAAGGCGAAAGGUUCAAGCUCAUAUCCCAGGCCUAUGAGGUUCUCUCGGACGCCAAGAAGAGGGAUCUUUAUGACCAAGGAGGGGAGCAGGCCAUCAAAGAAGGGGGCAUGGCAGGAGAAGGCUCCUCUCCCAUGGACAUAUUUAACAUGUUCUUUGGUGGUGGUGGAAGAACUCAGAGAGAAAGGAGAGGCAAGAAUGUAGUCCACCAGCUUGGCGUCACGCUUGAGGAAAUGUACAAUGGUGCAACCAGGAAACUUGGUCUUCAGAAGAAUGUCAUCUGUGAAAAAUGUGAUGGUUACGGAGGCAAGAAGGGCACGCUGCAGAAGUGCUCCACCUGCAAGGGCCGCGGCGUGCAGAUCCAGGUGCACCAGAUCGGACCCGGCAUGAUCCAGCAGGUGCAGAGCGUGUGCUCGGACUGCCAGGGCCAGGGCGAGAGCUUCAGCGCCAAGGACCGCUGCAAGAAGUGCGACGGCCAGAAGGUGGAACGCAAGAAGAAGAUCCUAGAGGUGCACAUCGAGAAAGGCAUGAAGGACAGUCAAAAGAUCCCAUUCCAUGGUGAAGGCGACCAGGAGCCGGGUUUGGAACCCGGUGACGUCCUGAUCGUUCUGGACCAGAAGGAGCAUUCUGUCUUCCAGAGGCAGGAAAACAACCUGUUCAUGAAGAUGGACAUCAAGCUGGUGGAGGCUCUGUGUGGCUUCAGAAAGACCAUUCAGACCUUAGACGACAGGACACUCGUCAUCACCUCUCAUCCAGGUCAAGUGGUGAAGCAUAACGACGUCAGGUGUGUGCAAGGCGAGGGCAUGCCAGUGUACAAAGAGCCGUAUGAGAAAGGACUGCUCAUCAUCCAAUUCCAGGUGGAGUUCCCACAAAACGACUUCCUUCCCCAGAGCCUUCUGCCCCAGCUGGAGCGCCUGCUGCCGGAGCGCGACGACGUGAUGCUCUCGGACGACAUGGAGGAGGUGGACCUGGAGGAGAUGGGCAGCGACCACAACCAGAGGAAGAGCUACAACAGCAGCAAGCCGGCCUACAACGACGACGACGACGACGAAGACGGGCCCAGGACUCAGGGCGUUCAGUGCCAGACACAGUGAUUGGACAUGGGCAGUAUACAUACUACUGUACACGUACUACAGCCGACCCUGGACCCCUGUUUCUCGAAGGAGUCAUUGCUAACCAGUUAGAAAGUUACAAGAUUGCCUAUGGGAAAUUGCAUCGCAACGUACUAAGUUGCUUACUUAGUUAGCAAUGACGUUGUAGAGAAAUGCACUCGGUGUUAGCAAUUUAAUUGGUAUGGGUUAUUGCUACCUACGUACGUCAGUGACUUGACUUAUGCUGGAUCUCAAAUGGUGCACUAAUGCCAUACACACUGAACCAUGAACACUGAAGUGCACAAGUGCACCAUUUUAGAUCCAGCAUUAGUUUGUUGCAAUGCAGUUUCCCACAGACAACCAACCAAUUUGCUAACUGGUUGGCAACUGCGCUUUCAAGAAACACAUCCGUUGUCCCAUCUAGUACAUCACACAAAUAUGCUCUCACAUCACACACGCACACAACCAACCAUUCUUUUCUGUGCAGCAGCUGUAGUGAUCUUUUUUGUAGUACUGAGCAUCAUUGUCAUUUUCUGGGCCAUGAUGAAACCCUAAAACCUCCCCACCUGUGAAGCCUUAGUGAAGCAUCACAGCAGGCCAAACUGACGGACUACGGAGGGAAGUCGGUGCACCAUUGGAAUGCAUGUGUGCUUCACCUGUCCACGGCUGUCUAAUAUUUACAAGACCAUAAACAUUCAUACGGUCAGGGGAGACACAAACAGACCAUGUUAUGAUGCAAAUUUGUUUAUACCAUAUAUAUUUAUAUUCUUCUCAAUGCAAGUGUAAUUGUAUUACUGUAAUUGUUUUUUUUCUGUUUGAGUUGAAUACCACUGUAUUUUGCAUGUCUCUGAUUUACGUGUUGUAUACUGUUAAGUGUGUGUGUGUUCCAAAAGUUUGCAUUAUCUGUUGUGUUUACGCCAAAGAGGUUAAGACUGAAUGGCACUGUUGUGUAUUUCUGUCCUCUUUUUUUCUAAAUGCACAUGAACCAGGCCUUAAUUAACAGACAUUGUAUGCUUUCUAUGAAGGUAACACCUCGUCUCGAAAUAUUGGCCUGCUUGGUUAUUUUCAUUUCUCAAGUUGAGUAUGUUCAUAUGACUGUUGGUCAUUCGAUAAUUUAAUAAGUUAAUAAAUGUAUUACCCUCUGAA